AGGGGUGAUGCAGUGCAUAGUGACCGAGAAACGCGCAGGAGGUGAUCGCUGACCAGUAACUGAGGUAGCAUUUUGUCGAAAUGAUUUACCGUCAGUACUGAAACGUGAUAUUGGCGGGCAACGAAAGUACCUGAUAUAAUGUUAGGUCGAGUAGGAUGGCGAGCGGAGCGAAAAAAAAGUUCCGAUGUCUCUUUUGGGUUUUUUUGCAAGCCCUAUUUUGACCGCAGCCUCGAAAUGUCUAUUUCUCAGGAUAAUGUAUGCGCUGUUUUCAAGUAAAUAUCCAGUUCAGAACGUAAGCACUGACGUGCAAACGACGGCUUGUUUUUAACAGAACUAAAUGAAAUCUCAUGUCGUGUUCUCUUAUGCGGGCUCUUAACUUUUACCAUUGUGCAAGCGAUCCUGAAAUCCAACUCGGGUCUGCGAAGGACGGACAAAGCCAGUACUCAGUAAGGGCGUUGCAAAUCAACUACAGCGUGCCCAAUAAAUUGGCCCCGGUUGGAUUUUAAAGAUAAGGACAGAUUCAUCCCCUAAUUACAUUACUGUCAUGUGUUUAAUUGUCUCCCUUUUGAAGUAUUUUGCGAGGAGAUCUGACCUCCCUAUUUAUCUGAUCUACAUAUUAAUUGAGGGGGAAGAGGUGGGAGACGCUGAGGGUCUGGGAUAUAGUGAGUUGUUACAUCUACAAGCCCCUGCCUCUCACGAAAUAACCCACAAAAGGAUUCGCGUUGAAGUCAGCUCCCCUUUCUGCGCUGUACGACUCCGUAUUGUUCGUCAGCUCUCUUCCUGCCUGACAGCCUUUGAGGACGGCUACACUUCUGUCUAUAUUACUCGAAACAUUUUUAUUUAAGGAAUGAACGGGGAGACUUGCGUGUCUUAUUGCGAUAUGGCGAGCAUGGAUUCAUUUUAUAACUCAGCUCCGCAGGAGCAGCAGUCUCCCUUCCGAACAUUUCAGCCGAGUGACAAGUUUGCUCCCAACUUCCUGAACAACAAAGGCCAAAGUUAUGUUGAGAAGCCGAGGACCCCCUUCCAGCAGGAAUGCGAGCCAUUGGACAGCACCAUUCAAAACCCCAGCGCCGGCGACAGCAUCUUUAACAAAUAUCUAUACAUGCAGGGAGCAGGCAGGGCGGCGAAAUCUCCGGCUCAGAACAAGAUCGAGGAAGCUAACCACAACGGCGCCUUGAUUCCCUGUUACGCUAAAGACAGCCCACUGGGAGAGUCAGACCUGCCCCAGAGCCCUGACCCAGCGGUGAUGGAAAGCUCCUAUCUUAGCGUCAAGGAGGCAGCGAUGAAAACAGCCAACACCGAGCUGUCCAACGCCAUGGACAAGGCCGAGAGUGACAGUAACAAGGGCAAGAAGCGCAGGAACAGAACCACCUUCACCAGCUACCAGCUGGAGGAACUGGAAAAGGUUUUCCAAAAGACUCAUUACCCGGACGUGUACGCCAGGGAACAGCUUGCACUGAGGACGGAUCUGACUGAAGCCCGUGUCCAGGUUUGGUUUCAGAACAGGAGAGCUAAGUGGAGGAAACGAGAACGCUUUGGACAGAUGCAGCAAGUCCGCAGUCAUUUCUCCACUGCCUAUGAAUUACCCAUUUUAACCAGGGAGAACUAUGCACAGAUACAAAACCCAUCUUGGAUUGGUAAUAAUGGUGCCUCCUCUCCUGUGCCAGCUUGUGUUGUGCCCUGUGAAACGGUAACAUCCUGCAUGUCCCCACAUGCACAUGCACAUGCUCCAGGUGGGGUGUCUGACUUCCUGGGUGUUUCUGCCCCUGGCAGCCAUGUGGGACAGACACAUAUGGGUGGUCUCUUUGGCACCACUGGGCUCGGAGCUGCCAUCAACGCAUUUGACAUCAGUAACGAACCAGAUCGAAAAUCGUCCAGCAUUGCAGCCUUAAGAAUGAAAGCCAAAGAGCACAGCGCUGCCAUAUCUUGGGCCACAUGACCGAUAUAACAGUACAUAUUCAAACACUGAAAAUAGUACAAUAUUACACAAUGCUGGACUAAGGACAUAACGCAACAUGGAGAUUUAUAAGCAGCACUUUUUCUAUUAUAGGUUGGUAGGAUUAGAAAUGAGGUUUACACCAUCUUCAAAAUAUUUACACUGUACCCCUCACUGUACAAGAGCCACAUUGAAAAAUACUCAAAAUCCAAAGUUUCAUUUGAAGUUGAUAUCCUUAGAUUUCAGGCAAGCUUGUAAAAGUCGACAGUAAAAUGGCAACUUAAAACCAGAUACGUAGUUAGAAUCCAUCAAGGUUCAUAAGAAAUUGCAGAGUUCUGUGUAAUAUUGGUGUAUGGUUGCAGUCAUCACUGACCAUAAAAUUUGAAGAUUAAAAAAAAGCUUAUUGUAUAGAACAGCUUGUAAAUUAAUUCAAAUAGCUCACCAGCCAAAUAGAUUAACGAGACUGUUCUGAUGAAAUCAUAAGAAAAGUUAAACACAUCUGGGCUCCAAUACCUGUUAGGAUGCAAAAACAUAAAUCCUAUGGCAUAUAGUUUUGAAUUAUUUCAAUUGACUGCAUUUAUUGUGAAUGCCACCAUUAGGUGGCACAGUGCCUGCACAUGGGAAGUUUUAUAAAGCAGAAAUUGACACCCCCUCUGAGAACGAAAACCUAAACAACGAAAGAAGAGCACCUCGCCGUAUAAUCUGUUAAAAGGUGUGAAAAGGGGUGUAACCUGCCUUUCAGUCACUUCUAAUGGUUCAAUCAAAUAAAUCCUUGAUACUCACGUUACAAUCAACAAGUAACAAUUUAUUUAACUAAUGCUAACAUUGGACAAAUUAACUAAACUAUUAACGAACCAAACAAAUCUAUUCUAACUACUCACUAUUUCUGAAUAAUGCAAGAUUCUAAUAGUAUGCUCUUCCUAUAAAUACAAUUCACACUUACAUAGCAAAAUGGAAUUUAAGUCUCUUGAAAUUACAGCAUGUUACAUCUUCUGGAAUGUUCUGUGCUUUCUCCGUCUACUCUUCUGUCAGGAAUCUUAGCUAGAUGUGCUGUGGUACUGUUAAGAAUAGAUGGUGCUUUCUCUAAGAGCCGAGAGCUGUUAUCUCCAGCAGAUAGCAGUUAGCUCUGCCAAUUUUCCAACUUCCGCCUUCUUUAAUACCCCUAAUUAUCAAUCCAUUUCUCACAAUUGGAUUGGUCCUAAGUUGUCAAAACCAUCAGAUUCAAAUUUGAUAGGUUUUUGGUAUCUAAGCACCUGGUUCAAAUUGAUUGGCUAAAUUCAAAAUGCUGUUGUCUUGGUAGAAAUGCUGCUUGGCCUGCUAAUGCAAUGGCCUUUUGAUACAAAUGUUUCAAUUUGGGUCCUCUCCGUACUUAAAAAUUUUCAAGCUGCUCACAAGCAUAGAAGAAGCACAAUCUUUUAAGAAGACCAUGCCAUGCUUCCCCUCCGCCCCCCCAGCAUUUUACAAACACCAAUAUUUUAUCAACACCAAAUUCUAAUGCCCUGCCUCCCAAUCCACAAAUACGCUACGUAACUUCACAACAGAAGAAACAUAGACUUACAGUACCACAUCACUGCAAACUUCAUGUGUUUUUUGUUAAAAGUUAUUUUCUUGAGGUUUGUAACUGACAUGACGCAUUUCUGGAGCAGCCUGGUCCAGCCGCUCCUUCUGCCCAGACAAAACUCAAUGACUGUGGAUUCGAUAAACAAGUGAAUGUCCAUUUCCAGCACAACACUUGUACACUACCCUCCACGGUGGUACGUAAUGGUCAGGCAGUGAGGUGGCGGACAGCUAUUCUGUCGGAGACAGUAGUCUCCACCUUGCCUCAGCUUUCCGGUCUCCGUGUCUCCAGAUGCCUCCUGCAAUAACAAUGGAGGGUGUCAAAACCCAUGUGCAGGUGAAAUGUAGUGAUGUCUACAUUGCAUGCACAGAUGCUUCCUGUUCCCAUUUAUAACCAGGUGUCAUCAUACCUUGCUUCUGUAUAUAUAUGAGGGGGCCAUUUUGGUAUUCCGAGUAAUUACUUCAAUUCCAAUUAGAUACUGAAAACCAUGGCAACAUCUUUCAAUUUUAGUAAAUGUAUCGAUUUAUUCUAAUUUUGUAAUCAAGUUUUUCUUAAGGUUUCUGUAUACAAAUUAUAACUAAGUUUUGUUUUGUUUUUGCCAAAUUACUUUGUUUUCAAUUAUAUUGGCUACAGGGUUUUGUAAAAGCCCCAUAUCGGUUGUGGCUUAGAGACUAAUUGGCUCCUUUGCCCUACUGCCACAACGGAUCUAUAAGGACAUUUUCUUUCAGUAGAAUAUUUUUAUUAAAGUAAACUGGAUAUCAAGUUCAAAUCAAUUUUUAAGUAAUUAAUCUUUUAACAAAAUAUUUACUUGACCUUCAACAUCAAAACCUGUGUCUAGUCCUGGGCACUGACCUAUAGUAGCAACAGUAGUUUAAGACCUUGCAAAGUUUACACAAUUUAAAAAAAGACAAGUUAAGAAAAUGUCUUACAAAUAAAAAAAAAUUGUGUUAUUGCUAACUAUACCAAAAGUGAGAUGUUAUACCGUUUUAAAUGUCAUUAUCUUUUGCAACAAUCACGCCCAUUGCUAUUACUUAUACUACUGAAGUAGAAGGUUGAAGUUCAGAGUAAUAUAUCUGUUUGGGUGUGUUGUGUACUUUUGCCGAGAAGAAAUCUCGAGAAUAUUACUGUUAUAAUUUGUUGUAAAAUAUUUUACUCCUUUAGCUUUAAUUGCCUUGUUUUAAAUAUAAUUGUAGGAAAGGGUGCAAUUAGAUUACAUUCAAUAAAAAAAGUUACUGCAUCCAAAGUAGUGUUCAUCAUUACUGUGAGAAUCUAACAGACUCAUUAUUUGCCUCUGUUGUACUGUUUUAUGAGUAAGUUAUUGCACUUGGAACAAUGAUUUGCAUAGAUGUAAUUUCUUAGGAAACUGUAACAGAGUGGGUCAGAAUGGUAUGUAUUGUUUUGACAGGUAUAACCAAUAACUCAAUAAAGAAUCUGUCUUUUUCCUACUGAAGAAAAAACUAUUUUCUUUUCAAGGAAUGGUGAUGAAACAUGAUCUUGAUAGCGCUGAAGUCUUUCAUUAAUUGGAGUGGACAAAAAUACCAACACUGCCCUUCUGAACUGCUGACAUAGUACAGAAAGGAUUACAGAACUUAUAUUAACAACAGGUGUCAGAAGAUGUACAUCAGUAACUCUGAGUGUAGUGACUUACAAAAUCAGACCAUUCCAAAGAAAGUUGAACACAACAGUGUACCUAUUAAUAUUCCUUCUAUAUUCUAAAAAUUUUAAUAAAAAUUUCA